AUGGCAUCCGACCCCCGCCGGGGGCGCAUGAUCUCGGUCAUUGCCGCAACAAUCACCUCGCUGGCCUGCGGAACGAAUUAUGUCUACUCCGCCUGGGCACCGCAGUUCGCCCAGCAGCUUCGGCUGUCGUCGACAGAGAGCAAUCUGAUUGGCACAUUCGGAAAUCUGGGCAUGUAUGCCAGCGGGAUCCCCCUCGGCAUGAUGGUUGACGCAAAGACGCCUCGCUGGGGCGUCGUCUUGGGCAUUAUUUUCUUUCUUGCUGGAUAUGCGCCCAUCGCAAAAGCAUACGAAGCCGGUCCUGGAGCGUACAACAUCUGGAUCCUGUGCCUCUUCUCCUUCUUCACCGGCUGCGGCAGCUGCUCCGCCUUCACUGCCUCGAUCAAAGUCGCCGCCCUCAACUAUCCCGACGCGAGAGGCACCGCAACCGCCUUCCCGCUCGCAGCAUUCGGCCUCUCUGCGCUCUUCUUUGCAGCCGUUAGUCUCGCGCUGCCUCACGACACCUACAGCUUCCUCAUCCUCCUCGCUACUGGCACUGUCGCCCUACCCAUCAUUUCACUGCCUUUCCUGAACACCCACGCUGAAACACACGAAUAUUCUGCCAUACCUGGCGCAGACAACACCCGUCGAGGGCGGCGGAAGUCACCAGCCGAUGAGAGCUCAGCCCUCAACUCACCUUCCCGCACUACAAGUCCUCCACCCUACAACGUCGACUCUCCCGAUUCCCCGUUCCUGCACACCGACACAUCGCGAGAACGCGAGCACGAUCACGCUACCAGCCUCGAUCUCGACCGCAGCCAAAUCCUCGACGACACCUCAUCAUCACCCACCCAGCAGCUCGACAUCCGCGGCUGGCAACUCGUCCACCUCCGCCGCUUCUGGCUGAUCUUCUCCCUCCUCGGCCUCCUCACCGGCAUUGGCCUCAUGACGAUCAACAACAUCGGCAACGUGACCCUCGCCCUCUUCCUCUCCGAUCCCUCCCCACCAUCCCACGCCUUCAUCACCCGCACGCAAUCAAUGCACGUCUCGAUCCUCUCCUUCUUUUCCUUCUGCGGUCGCCUUACCUCCGGCAUCGGCUCCGACUUCCUCCUCCGCGUCUUCGGGCCACGAAAGGGAACGCGGUUUUGGAUGUUGGUUUGCAGCUCCGCUUUGUUCAUCGCGGCGCAGUAUAUCUCCAUCAAGCUCACCAACCCACAUCUAUUGAUCCUGAUCUCCAGCAUAACGGGCUUGGGCUAUGGAAUGUUGUUCGGCGUGUACCCGUCCAUCGUGGCGCAUAACUUUGGUGUGGCUGGAUUGUCACAGAAUUGGGGCACGAUGACGCUCGCGCCGGUCGUGUCUGGGAAUGUGUUCAAUAUCCUAUACGGACGGAUCUACGAUAGUCACAGUGUAGUGGACAAGGAUAGUGGAGAUCGGGAGUGUAGGCUGGGUAGGGAGUGCUAUGAGAGCGCGUACAUGGUCACAUUCGUCGCGGCCAUCGCGGCGUUGGGGUUGAGUGGUUAUGCGGUAUGGCGGGAUUGGAAAGGUGGCAGUGGUGUGGAUGAGGACGAAGAGAUAGAGGGGCAGAGCCAUGAAGAGGGGACGAGGGCGCAUUCUGCUUGA